AUGCGACGACGACGCUGGACACAACAGGAGCUUUACGGAUCAGCGCCAUGUUUAUCGGAGCCCUCCCGAAACGUAUACGCUGCUGCGGGCUAUUCCGCCAAGCAGGCGGUCUCCCGAGCGGCCUCGAUCUCCGACGCGACAAGGUCCGACCGAACCGAACAGAGGAACGCCUGGAGAGCGGGGGCUUCGGCCUCCGGCCCGAUUCCCACCGCGCAAGACGACGAAAAAAAACAGCAGCAGCGACAACCUGACCACGUGCCGACCAUGGAGCCGCUUACGCGCGCCGGGAGCGGCGGGGGCGGGGGGUCCAGGAGCGGCGCAAGCGGUAGCGGCGGUGGAGGCAGAUCGCGGCAGCCCCCGCUGUCCUCUGCCGAUUCCGCCGCCGGCGGUCGGGAGAACGUAGACGCUCGCGGUGCUGCUGCUGCUGGCGGCGGCGGCGGUAACGGCGGCCGUCGCGUUCGCGGCCGUAACAGUAGCGGUGCGGGCGUCGAAGCGAUGCGACCGGCGCCGAAGGGUGCGGUGGGGAUGGGAAAGGUUGGGGCGGCUGGCGCCGCAGGCGCCGCCGUAGGCGCGGGGUCGAGAUCGCAGGGCGGACCGUCGGAGUACAACUCGAGGAACGGCUCUCAGUCUUCUUCCGGUAGCAGGCCCGCGGCGGUGGCGGCGGCGCCUGCCCCCGCUGAACCCGCCUUCGACCUGGCCGGGUUUGAGGAGAAGCUGGGGGGGGGGCUGAUCGUGACGAAGAUCAACCGGCAGGGGAGGGCCAAGGUGCGCGCACUGUUCUACGACCGGCAGGAGAGGAUGCUGUGGUGGAAUGAGCCGGGGAGAGGCUCGCCGCACCGGUCGUCGCUUCUGUCCAUCAAGAAGGAGCAGCCGCUAGCGGUGGCCUCGCUCAUUAAGGUGGAGAUGGCAGACCAGCUGGACGAACCGUUCUGCUUCGACGGGGAUGUAGACAAGAGCUUCCAGCUCGUGUUCCCCGCUAGGACGGUGGACCUCGUCGCUAAAGACGCGGAGGAGGCGGCUCUCUUGGCGAGAGGAUUCCAGGAGCUCAAGAUGUCCGCGUGCGCGUGACAGCGAUCGAGCAUCAAGUGUUUGAGCCGUUCUUGUGCUUUUGAGUAUGCGUAACGUUUAGCGGGUUUGCAUCGGUAAGAUACGUAGCGUUCUUGGCGGCAUGAUGGGAGGGCGUGUGUGGGGUUUCCUUCGGUGUGGGUGGGCGGCGGUUGAUCUAGGACGGGAGAAGGGGGGGGACCCAAGAGUCCCCGCGGUUUGAAGGCUCUGCUGUUGUGUGGAGUACCGCUGCUGCUGUGCGUCACAUUGGCACUGAUAGCACCGUCAUGGCCGCCUGGUGUGUUGUGUCCCCAAAGCAAUGUGGGAGCAGCUGGUAGCGGUGGUUAGGUGGAUGUGGAUGGCAUUGGAGCGCCAGCCACUGUGCAGCCCUGGCGAGCGGGAGACGUGUAUCCCAUUCGUCAACCAGUCUUCCGCCGGUUGGCGCGAUGAUCUAUAUGAGAGUGUGUCGCCCACUAUUUCGUGCACAAGGCACUGUUGUUUGUGUCUUGUCGCCCUGCACUUUUCGGACCCAAGGCACUUUUUCCCGUAAAGUGUUUAUCAUGUCAUGACCGGGCGUGAUAUUUUUCUCUUGGUGGUGGUGGUGGUUGUUGUGGGGCAGGGGGGCUUCUGUUGAAUAACAACCAGGUAGGGAGCAGGCGUGCACCCAUUCCUCUGCUGCGCCCCGAAAUCGCCACCACCGUCGUUUUCAUGAGAAUCGAGAUAAAGUUUUUGUUUUCGUUUUUUUUGUUGUUGUGUGUGUGUGUGCUUUGCGGGUUCGGUAGGUUGUCUGUCUUGAAAAUCUGGCCCCCCUGGUUCUGUUGCGAAAAGUGUUGCGUUUGAUGCCGUUCGGUGGAUUUGUUUUUCCUGGGGUUGUGUUCGAUCUCGUCUGUUGUUCUGCUGUAGCUUUUCGUGGGAUGUCGAGUUGGUUUGAUGGUGUAGCGUUUGGUGUGACGUUUGGUGUUGGUUCUCGUCCUGUUGUCUUCGUCUUUAGUUCGUCUUUCGCUAGCGAACAAGAAACGUGCUACUGUAGUCUGUUCGCUUCCUUCACUUCCUUUACCCCGUAGUGGUAGUCUUUUUCGUGUUGUUGGAGAUGGGGACUGUUUAUGCGGCUCCAAUUGUAGUGUUAUCGAUUUUGUUGGCCCGUUCAUGUCUUUCGCCCGAGCAUCGUCUUCGUCGGACAUGGCUCUCGCCUGUCGAGCAUGGGCUCUAAACCCUUAAGCAUGUUUUUCGCUUUGUUGGUGGUGGCUUGGCACGGCUUGCCUUCCGGGUGUAUAGUUUUCUCCACAGACUUGUCGGCUCUUGUACUUCCGUACAAGUCCCUGCGUUGUUCUUGCGAUUUGGUGGUGGUUGCUUGCUGUCCCUCCCUUAAAUUCGGCAGCACCCAUCUACUUCAAGCCUGGUUUUGGUUGUGCCGAGCGUGUAUGCACUGUAUAGGCAGUCCGCAACCGCAAAAGUGUUACAUACCUUUCCUUCUCGUGUUCUCGGUAGCAGGCCUACAUGAUUUUGCCGGAUUCGAAGGGGUGAAAAUGAUUCUGGUCGUAGCCGGGAGAUUUGGUCACCGUCAGCAGCUUCUUGAGUAGAUCUGAGUAGAGGUUAUUCACAAGAAUGGGAGGGAAAACGCAAGAAGGAACAAAACCUUUCUUUCUUCCGGCCAUACUCGCCUGGCGACCAGACCCCUCUGCUUUCCUAGUAACAAUGAUUGUCUUGGCGCUGACAUGUAGCAUCUGCGUCAACCUAUUGUGCCGCGACUAGGUGCUCCUGCGUUCUGCGAAAAUAAGGGGCAGAAGCUAGGCGGCACUGACAGGAAAAGCGUUGUAGACGAUACGGAAAUGGUCGAUGAUAGUGUUCUUUUACUUGUGAGAUGUUGGCACGUUUGUGCUUUCUUUUGUCUUGGUGAGCCAUUGGGCCACGUGUUAUUGUAGGGUGUCAGGAGCACGUCGCCAUGCUCCCGAUGUGUGUGCUGCUUCUGUCACGCUAAACAAGAUCGGAUAAAAUGUCCGUAAGUUUUAUUUAGUGUCAUAUUUGGAGGUAUGCUCUUUCUGGUACACGUUCUUUUUUACGUAGGAGUCCCUUUAUUUCUUUUUGCUUUGUACUGGUGGUACUUCUGUCGUGUGCCGUGAUUGUGACGCGUGCUCUUUCCCCCCCCCCGUGCCUGCGCGUGGGAUGGACGAGACAGGCGAUUGGUGUUACUUCUGCGGGGUUUCCCUCGCCGGUUGUUCAUGUAGCCUACCAGGCGUAUUUUCCAAUUGGUAUUUUUUGCUUUCCUUGCUUUUUCUCGCGCUAGGGAGGUACGUGUGUGUGUGUUCUCAUAGGUCAUAGCCCUUGUUUGUUGAUGAACGGCGA